CUUAGCGCCAUGACCUUGAAAUUCCUAAAACUCUUCUGAUUAGUUCGUCCAUAAAUUAUAGUGUCGGCGGUGAGUCAAAGAACUAUGUACAUAUUUACAUACAUAGUAUUAUAAUGUAAAUAGUUAUAAUGACUUCAAUCGUGUGGAGUGUUUACGGAAUUCUAUUUAAGUUCGUAGCAAUUCUCUGAACUCUAUUUGUGCACUUUCUUUCUGGAAUAAUGAAAACUACAUUUUUCUCUGACCACAUUUACAUUUUAAAAUGUUUAAUUCGUUUAUACAUGCCAGAGAUAAUGAUGAUUAACCUAAGCAGAAAUUUAUCAUCACCCCAAUCUAUUUAUCAAUUUAUUGAUUGGUUUUUAUAUUUUAUAUCAACCAUUUACACAAUUUUUAUAUUAGGACCAAUUUUAAAUUGUUUCUCGUUAUACCUUGGUGGUCGGAAAAAUUUCGGCCGAACUCUAGUCGCAUUAGUAUUAACUUAUUUAUGCUUGAUUCUAUGUUUAUUGUAUACAGUUUUGAUACCACGUCGUCUUUUCAUUUUGAAUUCAUGUUAUUUAUAUAGUGGAUAUAAUUCGAUCAAGUGUAGUUUACGUACUGAGGGUACAUGGUUUUCGUUACAUUUUACAUUAAGUCAUCUAAUCAUCGUCAAUAUUUAUUUCCAUUAUUUAUCUGCUGUUUUCAUUAAUCCCGGCAAUGUACCACGAAUUCCAUAUAAUACUACUAGUACUAUGUGUUCACGAUGUUUUGUAUCACGUCCAAUAAGAGCACAUCAUUGUGCUAUAUGUAAAACAUGUAUAUUAUGUAUGGAUCAUCAUUGUCCAUGGACAGCUAAUUGUAUUGGUUUGUAUACACAUCGCCAUUUUUAUUUAGUAUUGAUAUUUAUGAGUAUUGGUGGGAUAUAUUUGCUAACUGUUGGUUGGUCAGACUUUCGAAGCUACUUAGUGGAAAUUAAUGAAAAUCAAAUCAAUAUCACUGUAAAGUAUUCAUCGAUUUGGUUCAACUAUAACACAUAUUUACCAUCGAAUAAAUUCUUCAUUCCAUUGUUCAAAGGAUGUUUCAUUUUCAGUGUAAUUGCAGUUCCUUUAGUAAUUGCUCUAUGCACUUGGCAUACAUAUUUAAUUAGUAAUGGUGAGACAAGUAUUGAACGACAUAUUAAUGCAAAAUUCACAAAAAUAUUAAAACAACGUGGAGUGAUUUAUCGUAAUCCGCAUGAUUUUGGUAUAUUUUUAAAUUGGAUAAAAUUUCUAUGCCUAAUUGAUAAGCAUGAAAUGGCUAAUUAUCAUGUCAAGAAAAAAUCAUUUCGUUUAUAUUUUGUACUUUGUAAAAGGUUUUUUAAUCGUAUUCUAUUACCUUCCUAUCAUAAACCUUAUGAUGAUGGUUUUAACUAUGAAUUAAGUUUGAAUACUGCUGAGUCAGUUUUAGAAUCUUUAUCAGAGUCUGGAAUGUUUUAAUGUACUUUUCGUCUUUGUAAUUCUUAGGUCUUGUUUCGCCUCUUUUUAAAACUCUAUAUUUCUCUUUGUUUUCUAUUUCGUGGUAUAUUACUUAUUACUGUUCAAGCAGUAUAAGUGUAUACGUUGUCGUUACGGGCAGUAUUUGUGAAAAAUAAUGUAUUCUGUCAGUUUA